CGCCGGGGGCCACCCCGCCCGCGUCCGCGUCCCCAGCCCGGUCCCGGAGGAGGGCCACCUCUUCCCACCCUCCUCGUCUCCUCCCCUGCGGCGGCCCGAGCUGCCGGCCUCCCUCCGGGAGCCCAGUUACUCCUCUCGGCCACUCUCCCCGGCAACUUUCCGCGCUUUGUUCUCCGGCUGCAAAUGCGUUGCGGAAGCUUCUUGGACAGGGUCUCCGCCAGGCGGCAAGAGCUGCGCGCGGAGACGUGUGACGCUCUCCUCUCCCCAUCAAUUAUGGAUGGAAACAAAUCAGGAGCAGUCGAUGCUGCCUGAGCCGCUUCUCCGGCGCGGCCAGGGGCGUCCUGCAGCCGGGAGGGAGCAACGGCGCGGGGCCAUGGUGCGGUUCCAGGAAGAGAACUAAGUGGGAUUUCUGAGGCUGGGCUGCUCUGAUGUCAUCCUGGCCCACCAUGAGGCUCUUCCUGCUUUGUGUCUACAUGCUACUCCUGAGGAUCUCCCAGGCCAGGGCAGUCAGCUUUCCUGAAGAUGAUGAACCCCUUAACACUGUUGACUACCACUAUUCAAGGCAAUAUCCGGUUUUUAGAGGACGCCCUUCAGGCAAUGAAUCGCAGCACAGGCUGGACUUUCAGCUGAUGUUGAAAAUUCGAGACACACUUUAUAUUGCUGGCAGGGAUCAAGUUUAUUCAGUAAACUUAAAUGAAAUCCCCAAAUCAGAAGUCAUACCGAGCAAGAAGCUGACCUGGCGGUCAAAACAACAAGAUCGAGAAAACUGUGCUAUGAAAGGCAAACAUAAAGACGAAUGCCACAAUUUCAUCAAAGUGUUUGUUCCAAGAAACGAUGAGGUGGUUUUUGUUUGUGGUACCAAUGCCUUCAAUCCUAUGUGCAGAUACUACAGGCUGAAUACCUUAGAGUAUGAUGGGGAAGAAAUUAAUGGCCUGGCAAGAUGCCCAUUUGAUCCCAGACAAACCAAUGUUGCCCUUUUUGCUGAUGGGAAGCUGUAUUCUGCCACGGUGGCUGACUUCUUGUCCAGUGAUCACGUUAUUUAUCGAAGCAUGGGUGAUGGAUCUGCCCUUCGUACAAUCAGAUAUGAUUCCAAGUGGAUAAAAGAGCCACACUUUCUUCAUGGCAUAGAGUAUGGAAACUACGUCUAUUUCUUCUUUCGAGAAAUCGCCGUAGAGCAUAAUAAUUUAGGCAAGGCUGUCUAUUCCCGCGUGGCCCGCAUAUGUAAAAACGACAUGGGUGGCUCCCAGCGGGUCCUGGACAAACACUGGACUUCGUUUCUGAAGGCUCGGCUUAACUGCUCUGUCCCUGGAGAUUCGUUCUUCUACUUUGAUGUUCUGCAGUCUAUCACAGACAUCAUACAAAUCAACGGGGUCCCCACUGUGGUUGGGGUGUUUACCACACAGCUCAACAGCAUUCCUGGUUCUGCAGUGUGUGCAUUCAGCAUGGACGACAUAGAGAAAGUAUUCAAAGGACGAUUUAAAGAGCAGAAAACUCCUGAUUCUGUUUGGACAGCAGUCCCUGAAGACAAAGUACCAAAGCCAAGGCCCGGGUGCUGUGCAAAACAUGGCCUUGCUGAGGCGUACAAAACCUCCAUCGAGUUCCCCGAUGAGACCUUGGCCUUCAUCAAGUCCCACCCGCUGAUGGACUCCGCCGUUCCCCUCAUCGCCGAUGAGCCCUGGUUCACCAAGACUCGUGUCAGGUACAGACUGACGGCCAUCGCUGUGGACCACUCCGCGGGGCCCCACCAGAACUACACUGUCAUCUUCGUUGGCUCUGAGGCCGGUGUGGUACUUAAAGUGUUGGCAAAGACCACUCCCUUCUCUCUGAAUGACAGCGUGUUACUGGAAGAGAUUGAAGCCUACAACCACGCGAAGUGCAGUGCUGAGAAUGAGGAAGACAAAAAGGUCCUCUCGUUACAGCUGGAUAAAGAUCACCACGCUCUGUAUGUGGCUUUCUCCAGCUGCGUCAUCCGAAUCCCCCUCAGCCGCUGUGAGCGGUACGGAUCGUGUAAAAAGUCUUGCAUUGCAUCUCGGGAUCCCUACUGCGGCUGGUUGAGCCAGGGAACCUGCGGGAGAGUGACCCCAGGAAUGCUGCUGCUAACUGAAGACUUCUUUGCUUUCCAUAACCACAGCACUGGAGGGUACGAACAGGACACCGAGUACGGCCACACGGCCCACCUAGGGGACUGCCAUGAAAUUUUGCCUACUUCAACUACACCAGAUUACAAAAUAUUUGGCGGGCCAACAUCUGACAUGGAGGUAUCUUCAUCUUCUGUUACCACAGUGGCAAGUAUCCCAGAAAUUACACCUAAAGUGAUUGAUACCUGGAGACCUAAACUGACGAGCUCACGGAAAUUUGUAGUUCAAGAUGACCCAAACACUUCUGAUUUUACUGAUCCUUUAUCGGGUAUCCCAAAGGGUGUGCGGUGGGAAGUCCAGUCCGGAGAGUCCAAUCAGAUGGUCCAUAUGAACGUGCUCAUCACCUGCGUCUUCGCCGCCUUUGUCCUGGGCGCUUUCAUCGCCGGCGUGGCUGUCUACUGCUAUCGGGACAUGUUCAUGCGAAAGAACAGGAAGAUCCAUAAAGAUGCGGAAUCGGCUCAGUCGUGCACGGACUCCAGCGGAAGUUUUGCCAAACUCAACGGCCUUUUUGAUAGCCCGGUGAAGGAAUACCAACAGAAUAUUGAUUCUCCUAAACUCUACAGCAACCUGCUGACCAGCCGGAAAGAGCUGCCGCCCAGUGGAGACACGAAAUCCAUGGUGCUGGACCACCGCGGCCAACCUCCCGAGCUGGCCGCCCUCCCCACGCCAGAGUCCACACCGGUGCUGCACCAGAAGCCCCUGCAGGCCAUGAAGAGCCACUCGGACAAGGCCCACGGCCACGGGGCUUCCCGGAAGGACACCCCCCAGUUCUUCCCUUCCAGUCCUCCACCGCACUCCCCACUCAGCCACGGGCACAUCCCCAGUGCGAUUGUUCUCCCGAACGCCACCCAUGACUACAACACAUCCUUCUCCAACUCCAAUGCCCACAAAGCUGAGAAAAAGCUGCAACACGUGGAUCACCCCCUCACCAAGUCAUCCAGCAAAAGAGAUCACCGGCGUUCUGUGGAUUCCAGAAAUACCCUCAACGAUCUCCUGAAGCAUCUCAGUGACCCCAAUAGUAACCCCAAGGCCAUCAUGGGUGACAUCCAGGUGGCCCACCAGAGCCUCGUGCUGGAUCCUGUGGGGCCGAUGUCUGAGGUUCCCCCCAAGGUCCCCAACCGGGAGGCCUCACUCUACUCUCCCCCAUCGACACUGCCCAGAAACAGUCCAACCAAGCGAGUGGACGUCCCCACCACUCCGGGGGUCCCCAUGACCUCUCUGGAAAGACAAAGGGGUUACCACAAAAAUUCCUCCCAGAGGCACUCUAUAUCUGCCAUGCCUAAAAACUUAAACUCACAGAACGGUGUUUUGUUGUCCAGACAGCCCAGUAUGAACCGUGGGGGAUACGUGCCCACCCCCACGGGGGCGAAGGUGGACUAUAUUCAGGGGACACCCGUGAGUGUCCAUCUCCAGCCUUCCCUGUCCAGACAGAGUAGCUACACCAGUAACGGCACCCUCCCCAGGACGGGACUAAAGCGGACGCCGUCCUUAAAACCUGAUGUACCACCAAAGCCUUCCUUUGUUCCUCAAACACCGUCUGUCAGACCACUGAACAAAUACACCUACUAGGCCUCCAAUGUGCUGCUCUGUGUGGCUUUAUCCUGUUCGUGUCCUUGAGAGGUACCUUCAGACGAGACACCUGCUUGUAUUUUAAGACAACCAACUGGCCAAAGAGACUCUCUCACUUUGGCAGCGUCAGAACUCGCCCGUGUAGCUACCGUGGCCAGGCUUCUGUGUACUUGCCCGAGAACAAAGGAAGGUGCUGGUCAUUCCAUUUCUUUUGUUUGACACUCACGGGCUGUGUAGCCCUGAAGGGCUACUUUGCCUGUAGAAAGAGCGGAUUCAGUACUCAGAAGAAUCUGUGAACAAAUACUUGAAAAUGGGUUCAAUUCAGACUGCCAUUACGCGUGGUCUUCCCAUUAAAUGUGAACAUUUUAACUAUGUAUGCAUUCACCUUGCCUCUUGCACAAAUGUCAAAAAAUAAAAAAAAGAUGGUGUUGUCUCAAAGAAAUGAACUUGUAGAUUACCAUGCAGUUUGCUGAAAAUUCAGUCUUUGACCCAGACUGUAGCAUUUUUUCCAACUGUAGCAUGAGCAUUUUUCUCAUGCCACCAACAAACCGUGUUGCAGCUAUGAGUGUGUAUAUAUGUGUGUGUGUGCGCGAGAGAGAUUGUGAGUUCUGUACCCACUAGGAUUCGUGUAGAUGCCCAUUGCAUCUUUCUGUGUUAUGGUGUUGUUUACAUUGCCGAAUGAGAGACACUCCCUUCUUACAGCAGUCCUUUGGGUCCACUUCUGAGAGAGGAUGCAAUCCAGACUCCUUUAACACUCAAGCAUGAGCUUCCUUUCCACGAUGGCACCCAAUGACAGAAUGUAAGAGUUCCAUGAUUUUGUGCUGCUAUCCCUCAAAACUUCUAUUCCAGUCUUGCCGGCUUCCAGAGCUAGAGCUAUCAAGAGGUACCCUUGGUUUAUCCAUCGGUAGGAAAAUGUACCUGUUCGCUGUGAACCGAGGCCUGAGUCACUGUUUAACCUCGGACACACUAAUAAGGGUUGAUUUGGAUUGUGUUUGGGGUUUUCUUUUCCCAUAUAGUAAAAAUUUUUCACCCCUAACUCCUCCUACCCCCACGGUAAAAAAUAAAUACAAAAACAAAAACAAGACAAAAGAAAAGACCUAUGAAAGGAAUCAUAAUUAGCGAAACAGGAAUGGUCUGUGAAAACGUGAUGAGUAGUUACAAUCAUGUUGUCUCUGUUGUGUUCUGUGAGAAUUUUCUCCGAAGUCAUGCAGGUUAUGACAGCGUACUGUAAAUAUCACAUGUGAGUUUACCUGAAUCUGUGCAUUUUGUGCCUUAUUCAUGAGAAGGAUAGAAGUACUAAAAGAUGUCAAGUGUUUUCAAUAUAGCACAUCAUUUACUGAGUGCCACUUGUAAAUGUUUUUCAACCAGCACCUGAAAAGACUUUCACAAAGGAAAAAAGAACCAUAAAAAUAACCUAGAACAAUUCAUUGGUAUACAAUCCGCCUGAAUAUCAGCAUUACAUCCUUUGCCGUGAUACGCAUUCCAUGCCUACUUUCCUGGGGGUAAAGCAGUGAAAUUGUGAAUGAAGUCAGAUGAGGUUUCUCGAGGAAAAUUCCACCUGGGGAAACCGUAGAGAGUCACUGAUACAGGGUUUGGCAGUAUCCACUUGCAGUCAAAGUGCUUCCCCAUGCCAGUCUGUUAAUACACUGCAGCCACCCAAUUAUUUCUUGAACCUAAUCUAGAAAGUAGCACACCAGAGGAAGACUCCCGACCUAGUCAGACAGUAAGUUCAGUUGAUUUCUGGGAUAAUGCUGAUGCUAUAUAUUGCUUGGGGGAGGAUGAGAUUCAGAAGACCAGAUCAUUUUUAUACAGAAUGUAGAAUACUGAUACAGUUAUUCUUUUCCUUUGAGAGCUUUGUUUGAUAAAGAACCUGAUUUCCUGUGAUCUCAAAAGCUAAAACGUCUGUUUCUGAAACACUUCAGCUUUGCAACUAAAAUAUUACCGAUUAAUAAUAAAUUAAACCAACCUGUGAUAAACACUACUCAGUCCACCACCAACAAACAUGUGUUUGAAUUUACCUUACCAAUAUUAAUCCCAGCGUGGUAACUCUGUGUGACCCCAGAUAACAUUUUGUAACAUUGUGCGGCCUUGUAGUUCGUGAGUUCUAUCAGUAUUUCUGUUGAGAUUUCUAACAUUGAAUCUAGUCUCUAUCCUGUUAAUUUAAUUUUUAAAUGCUUUAUCCAUUUGUGCAAAGGUAAACACAGAUUGUAUCUUUUUUAAUGGUACGGCAUAAAAAGUAACCCUAAAGUGAAGUGGCUCUAUACUGUUUUAUAGAGUACUUUAACAUGUAUAGAUAUCUUGUAAACUUGUAUUGUGGAUGUGUAAAUAAUAUGUACUUUGGGUUUUUAACACCGCAUGUAAAGUUAAAAUAAACUAUAUAAAUCAUUA